AUGGAUUUUAUUCCUAAUCAAUACAAUCCCCAUAAUUUAAUAAUUGAUUUCCAUUCCCAAUCUCGCCGCUUCUUCUCUGUCGCAGUUAGCUUCCCCAUCAUCGCCGGAGAAAGACAUGAAAGUCAAGAUCUUGCGUGGCAUGCGGUUGCGUCAUGGACAUGGGAUGCUCAAGAUGAGACAUGUGGGAUAUGUCGUAUGCCAUUUGACGGUUGUUGUCCAGACUGCAAACUCCCUGGAGACGAUUGCCCUCUAAUUUGGGGAGCUUGCAACCAUUCGUUUCAUCUUCAUUGUAUACUGAAAUGGGUUAACUCACAGACGAGUCAAGCUCAUUGCCCCAUGUGUCGUAGAGAAUGGCAAUUCAAAGAGUAAUAAGGAGUGAAGAGAGACCCUUUGUGUUGUGCCUUGAUUAAAUGUCUAGGUUUCCAUCAUUGUUGGAUCAUUGUUCCGAAUUUUGUACGACCCUUGAUGGAUUGUUAAUGGAUGCAUAUAUAAGUAACUAACGAUAAAAAAUGUAGCAAAGAGUUUUUGGUCCAUUUUAUGCGGGCCCAUGUAUAGGGCAACCUGAUUAUAAUUGACAUGAUUACUUGGUCA